AUGCCUUCGAACCGUGCAGAACCUCCGCGCGUAUAUGCAGCAGGCGACUUCAGCUGGAUGGAGGACGAGCGCUACGGCGGGAAGAAGUCAUUAUGGACGCGUGUGAAAGAAGACCCGCUCGUGCCGUUGGGCUGCGUUGGAACCGCGGCCGUGCUACUUGGCGGACUAGUGACGUUUCAGCGCGGACAGUCCAAGCUGGGAAACAAGUUCAUGCAGGCACGAGUGGUGCUGCAGACGGCCACGGUCUUUGCAAUUGCAGGAGGUGCUGCGCUGGCGGCUGGAGAGAAGAAGGAGACGCAGAAGCGAAGCUACGAGGACCGCAUGCAGAUUGAGCUGUCGAGCAAGUAG